AUGCUAAACUGCGGAUAUUGUUGUGAGCGCUGCAUCCCUUUUAUUAUCAUCGGUAAUGUCUCCAAUUGUCUUUUCGAUGAUUUUGGGUUUGAAGGUUGUGUUAUUCUGAACCGGAUUGACUUCCUAGAGAGGAUCAAACCCGACGUCUACAGAGUGGGAAGUGGUUACCGGUUCAAUCGGCUAGGCGUGCAGUGCACUAAUGAAGGAUUUUCUGGUCUUGAAUUUGCUUCUGGUAUUCCUGGGACCGUAGGUGAAGCUGCUUACAUGAACGCUGGAGCCAAUGGACAGGAGACUGUCGAUGCCAUUGAUAUAGUUGAGAUCGUUACAGUGGAUGGGAGGCAUCAAAUUUUGUAUAGAAGUGAUCUUGCCUUUGGGUACCGCGUGUCACCCUUUCAAGCGAUGCAAGAUUUGGCAGCUAUUGUGGAUGUAACAUUUCGUCUGUUGCCUUCAGCAUCAGCAAAGGAGCGUCAACAAGCAUACUUGAGAAAGAAGCGAUGGUCUCAGCCUAUGCGGGAACAAGCUACUGGAUCGGUGUUCAGAAAUCCUCCUGGCAUGGGAGUUUCAGCAGGGGAGCUUAUUCAGAAGGCUGGACUGAAAAGCUUCAGAGUUGGCAGUGCAGAGGUUUCCAAAGUUCAUGCCAACUUCAUCAUUACCGCAGCUCAAAUUCCCGAGAGAUGCUUGAACUCAUUGGCUUGGUUAAAGCAAGAGUUAAAAAGGAAUUUGGAAUAUAACUCAGAAAGCUUACCAACUCAGCUUUAG